CAGGGUGUUUGUCUUUUCUGCAGGAACAGCUGCCUGGGAGGCAGUUCAAGGAGCCUUUCCCUUCCUCCUCACAAAGUAAAUGGCUGGACAUUUGCCAAGAUUGAGAUUAUAGUACACAUUUAUCUGGAUUUCUGUCUCACCGUGUCUGGGAGAAAGCUGGGGGCACUUUGGAAACCUUGUCAAGCCCUGUUCCUCUGUCCAGGGGGAACAGAGGCGGGAGGGAAGGGGCUGCCAGUUUCUUUGCCAGCAAUGGGAUGCCAAGGCACGGCUCACCCGUAACAGGAUGCCCUGGGGGAAGCAUUCCUGUGCUGAGAGUGACCCAGCUGUCCCGAGCAGCCUUUGGCCCUGGGCAGCAGGCUAAGAGUGAGUGCACAUGUGCCCGCCGAGCCUCGGGACUUCGGCAGAGCAGAGAAGCAAACCAUUGUCCCCGCGCAGUGCCAGCCCCGCGGGCACCGCCCGCCGCCGAGGCCUCGGCUGGUGCCAGCGGCCGGGUGGGACACGGCGGCUCUGCCAUGGGUGAACUGCUCAGGCCAGCAGUGACCGCGGUCCUCCUCUGCUUUGCUGUGCGUCUGGAGGCCAGCCCGGAGCUGUCCGGGUACCUGCGCAAGGUGCUGAGGAACCACACUGCCCACACCUGUGAUGGAGAGCAGCUCCUCAUCGUCUGCCCUCGUAAAACCACCAUCAGCAUCCUUGGGGCCUUCUAUGGGCGCCGAGUGCCCAGCAACAACCUUUGUCCCAGCCCCAACAAUGCCUCCCAGGAGAGCACCGAAUGCACGUCUGCCACGGCCCACCUGAAGCUGCUGGCUGAGUGCCAGGACCAGCAGUGGUGCCAGUUCUCAGUGCACAGCCAGGUCUUUGGGCCAGACCCAUGCCCUGGGACACACAAGUAUCUCAUCGCUUCCUACAAGUGCCGGCCAGGGAACCAUCGGGUCAAGACCGUGUGCGAGAAUGACAACCUCAAGCUGCAGUGUCGACCAAAAUCCAUCCUGGCCAUUUAUUCUGCAAGUUAUGGACGAUUCCUGCGGGGCAAACCAGAAUGUGAUGUCUUGAACACUGGAGAACCCCAUAUAGAGUGUGUGGCUCCAGAUGCUCUGCGCAGGGUCUCCAAGAAGUGCCACCGCAAGGGGAACUGCACUGUGGCUGCUGACAAGGCCACCUUCGGGGACCCGUGCCUCCCCGGCAUGAAGAAGCAGCUGCGAGUCUCUUACACCUUGCCCAAGCAGCUGCUGGAGGAGGUGGGCCCUGACACCUCGGACCCCUUCCUGCUCUCGGACUACAUUCACGGUGGCUGGUACAAAGGGCCCAGGUUCUCCAGGCUCCAGGAAGACCGCAUGAUUUUUACUAGCUCUCUGGCAGCUUUUGCUCACCUUUGGGGUGUCCCAGAGAAAGUUGCCCUCUACUUUCUUUGUGGAGUCUCAGGAGGCCUCAUGCUGCUGCUGUGCAUCAUCAGCCCCAAAACAACCUUCAUCCAGGAGGUGGGGGAGGCUCUCAAAGACCCAGAGCUGGGCAGCAGCUCAGAGCUGGGCAGGACCAAGCUGCAGGAUGAGCAGGAUGAAGACAUCCCUGAUGACAGCUCCUCAGACUCCUCUUUCCGUCGCCUCACCCGCACCUAUCGGGCCACUGACAGCAUCUUUGGCCCUGAGCUGACGGCAGCUAUGGAGGGAGCAGUGGAGCACCAGGGCCACAGUGGGGAGGAGAUCUGGAUGCCCAAGGAGUCAAGCCCAUAUGCCAUACACAAGAUCAAAUCGGCCACCAAAUAAGACCCGGAAGAAAAUGGCUGGAGGGCAGCAGAGGGGUGCAGGCUCAGUGGGAUCCAACAUCAGAGAGACAUAAGAGUUUGGGCUCCUUGGGGUGGCUGGACAUCCUGAGCAGCAGCAGGGUCAUGGCAGCUCCAGUGAGUCCAUCAACCCACAGCUCCACCAGCUGGGGGUGACAUGCAGACCCUCAGUGUGAUAAGGGGCGGUAUAAUGGUUCUGUGGGCCAUGGGCUCCUUUGCCACAGAUGCCACUAACCCUAACCUAACCUCCCUGUUCUCAGCUUGCAUUGUCUGGCUCUAGAGUUUAACCCUGAUCAGCUGUGUCAAGCCCACCCUGAGCCCUUUGAAGCUGCUUGCUCCUAUUUUUCCUUGGGUACUGGCUUCCACUCCUGGUGCUGCAAACACACCCUGCACUCAGGCACUGUGUCAGCAGCAGAGAGGCAGGAAUAGCCAGGACAUAGGAAGAGGCAGGUGAAGUAGGUGUGCAAGCACAGCAGGCAUCACCAGCACAGCCCCACCACAGUGCAUGCCAUGCAGCCCUGCUGUGCCAAGGGAGCUACUCCCCAGGCUGGGGCCACUGGCAGCUCAGCAUAACACCGGCUCUCACCUACCUGCAGGCAUUCAGGAGCUCAUGUCAUGCCGUGUUGCUCUAUGCUUUCCUCUCUACUUUCCCCAGCGGCAGGAGAGCCCCAAGUUUUAACUUGCUGUAUUUUUUUCCAGUGAAUAAAUGCAAUAGCUCUUAGGCACAA